ACCAAAAUGUAUUCUUUUUAUUUACAUUUUAUUUUUACCGUUUAUUUUUUUCAGGGUUUUUGCACAUACAUACUUAUUAGUAUAUGUCAGUAUGUGCAAAUAAAACGUUUUUUGACUUUCAAAGUAAACGUCAUAGACUCAUAGCUAAACCGAUAGAAAUUGGGAAUUGACGUUUUUUGAAACUUCUUUGACAAAAAAAUAUGGCCUUGAAUUUAAGGGAAACGAUGUUCUGCCAGUUUCACAAUCCUUUACCCAAAACCAAAGGGAAAAGUGGGGAUGACGAGCGAGUCGGUUUCUGUCUGAAUGCGGAGUUCCGGACGCUUGGGACGGGAAAAGAAGAUGCUUUAUUUCUGGCUGUCACAAACGGGGUUUGCGCAUGGAUUGCUUUGGUGCGUGAUGCUGACUUCGAGAAUCUUGUGAAUGGAUGUCGUUUGGGUUCUUUUGAAACGUUCCGUUCUCACACAGUUAAUGCGUUCAACCAGACCAAAGAUCCCGCUGCGCAGUUCGAAUACCUCAUCGAAGCCAAAGUUAUAAAAAACGGAGAAGAGUUAGAGGUUAAGUGGAGAUUACGGCAAGGUGGCGUAUCCCAGCUGAUUGGACAAGCUUUGUUGUUUAAAUCAUCCAAUUCGUCGGAAAUCAAUUUUCGUUUUAUACAGUCUGCGUUAUCAAGUGCAAGUAUAUGGGAAUAUCAGACUACUCAGUUGGAAAAAGAAUUACACGAGUUGAUCGAAGCAGAGAAUAGAUGGAGCGAGCUGCGGACAAUGCCGGAUAUUUCACAGCAGAUUACUGAACGGACUGUUGAGAUUUUGAACGAAGCAAAGCGCCGCAAUCGGGAGCUUGGAGGUUCCACGGAAGGAUUUGCAAAAGCUUGGCAGCAGGCCACGCAGCAUACUGAAGUGGAGUGACACGAAAUGCCGUACUGCAGAAACAGCGGAUACUUAAUUUUUUCGUCGUAACGUUGUGAUCUCAUGUUUAUCGAAUAUUCCUGAAUUCCAUGCGCUUUGGCUUUUUUAUGUACAGUAUGAUUCUGUUCGGCGUGGUACUAUCAGAUUUUUUAGCUAGGUCAGAACUUGUAACAAACCUAUGUUCGGCGUAAGAUUAUUGAAGUUUAAGAUUAAGAGCAGCAAUACAUUGUGAUUCUGUGAAUGCGAUUGGUUCUUAGCGUAGGCUGUUCAGCCUGUUCUGUAGGAUACAUGAGCUGUGGCCCGAAACCACGAAGAAACGAUUAUAAUUUUUUAAUC